CAGAGAACUUUAGUGACUCGAUCAAGGUCACACAGGUUAUAAUGGAGGACACUCAAUUGGUGGACUGGGAGGCUCAGGAGGAGGAGCCUGAGGAUUCUAAUGGCUCUCCUCCACAAUUCGGCUUGGAGCCUGUAGGGCGGCUGCACCUGUUCAGCAGUGUUCGAGGUCCUGAGAAAGAUUUCCUGUUGUACCCAGGGGAGAAUGUGGUUGGCCGAAUACCAGGCUGCUCAGUGGCUCUGCCUUUUCCAUCCAUUUCCAAACACCAUGCAAUAAUUGAGAUUUCAGCCCAAGGCAGGGCACCUAUCCUUCGAGAUUGUGGGAGCCUCAAUCAUACACGACUUCUAAGACCUCCCAAGCUCCUAAGUCCUGGGGUGGGCCAUCAGUUGAGAGACCAAGACUUGGUACUCUUUGCUGACCUGCCUUGCCAAUAUCACCGACUGGGUGCCCCCCAAAUCUCUGGCCGCCGGGGGGGCCUAAGCGUGGAAGAAACACCCAGGGUUCCAGGAAUAGGGACAGCCCGGUUCCAGGGGACCUUAUUGGCUGAAGAUUCAGAGGAGGAAGGAGAUUCUCCUUUGGACAGGAGUGUGGAGGUACCUGUUACAUACUCUCCCUCUGAAACUAUUGUUCCAGAGAGUGAUGUGGAAGGAGCUUCACCAGGCACCAAAGACUCUUCACUGCCUCUUACCUUCAUCUUGGAUAGUGAUACAGAUGAAGAAGAUUCUCCUCCAGUGGAGCCCUCCUCAGCUACCAGGAGAGGCUCUGCUGUGGAUAUGGAAUGGAGUAGGACUGAUGGAGAAAACCAUUCCUCAGCUGUGGGGAGGGACAGUGAUACAGAUGUUGAUGAAGAAGGCAGUCUCCAAAGGACCUUAGUUGUGACACCUUUGGCAGGGACUCAACCUUCUUCUCUGGAAGAUAGUAGUACAGAUGUGGAAGAGGAGGGGCUUUCAGUGAGACCAGUUGUAGCACAGACUGAUAUAGGGGACAGUGAUACAGAUAUAGAAGAGGACUCUGUCCCAGCAGCGCCACCUGUAGUCCAUCUAGGGAAAGUUCAGGGACCCAUGGGUGGGACAAACAAGACAGAUAUAAAACAGGAGGGGGUCCCAACAGAACUCUCCAUAGUGCAUCUUGAGAAGGACCAGCAUUCUGUUGGUGGGGAUGGGGGGGACAGUGACACAGAUGCAGAUGACAAUGGAUCUCUGACAUAUAUGAGAAAGAGCCAACUUCCAGCUGAAGAAGGCAGUAGGAUAGAGUGGGCCCCAGCCACUGCUCAAGGGGAAAAGACUACUAAGAAAUUUGGGGCCCAGGGUAGGAUACCUAUAACAGAAUUCGAGCAGGGUCUAUCUCCCUUCCCGAGGGUCAGCUCAGUAGGCACGUUGGUAGAACCAAGCAUUCAAGGGAAAUCAGCCCAGGUACUUUUGGAAGGAACCCAGAAUUAUGUUGAAGGGGGUAGUGAUCCAGAUGUGAAAGGUACUGAAGACUUUCAGAACAAGAGUGAUGAUAAUUCAGACCUGGAUUUACAAGAUACUCAGUGCUUUGUAGAAGGAGGAAAUCAGAACCAUGGAGAUGGUCCAGAUGAGCCAUGGGAAAUCUUGGCCACACAACCAUUCUGCUCUGAGCGGUCAGAGGCUUCAGAAACUCAGCCCAUCAAAUCUUACCUUGCAGCUACUGGAGCAUGUCUCUCCCCACCUAGUACAGCCUCAGGGGACCUACAGCCAGGAAGCUCAGAUCAAACAGAGCCCUGGGGGAGUCAAGGCACAGAUAAUCCAAAAACAGAGAUCCAGGGACAAACUAUGGACAGUAGCAUGGAGAACCAGGGGAUAGAAACAGAGAUACCUAGAGUAAUACCAGAGAGAAAAAUGGAAAAAGGGCCCUUUAAGAGAAAGACAUUGGCAAAUAAGACAAAGAGAUCCAAAAGAAAAAGAGUGAGUCCAGUGGUACAAACAGAGAUACAAGAGAAAGGACAGAGACGUACAGCGGGUAGGUCGAAGAAUGUUAUGAAAGAGACAGAUAACAAAAGCUGUGUAGAAACAAAGGCACUAGAGAAGGAAAUGGAGAGGCAAAUCCCUGAGAGAGACACAUUUGAGGGACAAACACCAGGAAAAGAAACCAAGAAUCUGGUGGUAGAAGUGAAGGUGCCCAGAGAAAUUCUGGAGAGAGAGGCAGAGGGACAAAUGGCAGAAAGUUAUGACCAGAAGGCCCAGAAUCCAACUCCAGUACCAAAAUCUAAAGCUGGGGAAGGGGACAUGUUGGAAUUAGUCUCAAACCCCCAAAUCCUCAGUGACAGCAGACAUCAGAGAGGUCUUGUUGACAACAAAACUCUUCCUCCUGAGGAAGUACCAAUGGAUGACCAGGACUCCUCAAAUGUACCUCUCGCAGCAUCUAAAGUUCCAGUUCCUGAAGCCCCAAAACCUACUUCAACUCCUAGAAUCACUCGGAGUCAAAAUAGGAGAGGAUCAAAACUCCUCCAUUCUUCUUCCUCUCCAGCAUCUCGGGAGUCACCUAUCUUGGGAACCACACGAAGCAGGAGGCAGGGAACCCAGGGGAUUCUCCCAAAGAUUGAGUCUCUCUCCUCUCAGGAUUCUAGAGACAAAUCAGAACUUUCUUUCCAGAGCCAGACACAGAAGCCUUUUAGUACCUCCUCUGGACCAACUGCACCCUUGGCACCUGAACUUCACACUCCCAUCCCUAAAGAAUUGCCUCUAACCCCUCAACCUCACCUUCAGACUCGUCAAAACCGGAAACGGGGGGCCACCAGAACUUGUGGGUCUACCACAGUUUCACCAGUCCUCCCUGAGCAUCCCCCUCCCAUUUCAACAGAUAGAUCUGAAAUUCUUGUGCCCCAACCCAGAGCACUCCGAAGUCAGAGAGCAAGGGUGGGAGAAUCUUCUGAGUCCCUCACAGCCACCCCAGAGGCCUAUUCUCUGCCACCUGAGGCACCUGCUCCUCCAGCUACCAGGAGUCGAAGAACAGGGGCAUCAGGAAUGCCUGGUUCUACUCCAGAGAUCCAGCCUAAGCUGCUCCCAGGCCGAAAGCGGCCUCUAGCCACCAAAGAAUCAUCUCCAUGCCCCAAGCAACCCCGGAGAGGUCGGUCCCAGAGACAAGAAUGCAGCAAGGAAGAAGAUGAAGAGAAGCCAAUGGAAGUUGAGACUGCAGCAAAGACCCCAGUGGGGGUUGCAGAACCAGCAGUUCAAGCAAAGGAGGAGGUCAAGGGGGCACCUAGCCGAAGCUUGCGUCGAGCUAGACUCAGUAGAGAACCUCGAGCUCCUAAGGUUCUCUUCACAGGUGUGGUGGAUGAUCGAGGAGAGCAGGCUGUGCUGGCACUGGGUGGAAGUCUGGCCAAUUCAGUGGCAGAAGCCUCACACUUGGUGACAGAUCGAGUUAGAAGGACAGUCAAAUUCCUAUGUGCCUUGGGGCGGGGGAUACCCAUUUUGUCUCUGGAAUGGUUGCACCAGUCUCGAAAGGUUGGUCGAUUCCUUCCACCUGAGGAAUUUGUGGUGAAUGAUCCUGAGCAGGAGAAGAACUUUGGCUUUAGCCUUCGAGAGGCACUGAGCCGAGCCCAGGAACGGGGCCUACUGGAGGGCUAUGAGAUCUUUGUGACUCCUGGAGUGCAGCCCCCACCCCCCCAAAUGGGAGAGAUCAUUACCUGCUGUGGAGGCUCUGCGCUUUCUAGCAUGCCCAGGGCCUAUAAGCCCCAGAGACUGGUGAUUUCAUGUCCCCAGGACCUCUCCAGAUGCUCUGCUGCUGCUAGAGCUAAGCUGCCCCUCCUUUCCCCAGAGUUCCUGCUCACUGGGGUGCUGAGGCAGGAAGUCCAGCUGGAAGCCUUCCUCCUUUCCACCCCAGACACUGUACCUUCUUAAUGCCCUUCCUCCUCUUCCCCCACCCCUCACUGUUUGAUACACUGACCAUAAAAUAAACUAUUUA